GAAGAGUCAUUCUACCUCACAAUGGGGCUCCGGCUGCAUCCUCCAGCUAUCGCCAACACUUUGCUUCUUCUGAGCCUCAACAUGUUGACCCUUCUGCCUCACGGCCUCAUGGGUAAACCAGCCGAUGAGGAAGACGGCAGAAGCUCAGCCCUGCUGCAGAGGGUGAGACGAGGCUGGGUGUGGAAUCAGUUCUUUGUCCUGGAGGAAUACACCGGACUGGACCCGCUUUACAUCGGAAAGCUCCACUCAGACAUGGACAAAGGUGACGGCUCCAUUAAGUACAUCCUGACGGGCGAGGGGGCAGGCACGACCUUCACCAUAGAUGACAGCACCGGGGACAUACACGCCAUCCAGAGACUGGACCGGGAGGUCAAGGCGCAAUACGUCCUGCGUGCCCAGGCCCGCAACCGCUUGACAGACAGGCCUCUUGAGCCUGAAUCCGAGUUCAUCGUUAAGAUCCAGGACAUCAACGACAACGAGCCAAAGUUCCUAGAUGGUCCCUACCAGGCAUCUGUGCUAGAAAUGUCCAGAAUAGGAAUGUCGGUGAUCCAGGUGACUGCGACAGAUGCCGACGACCCAACAUAUGGCAACAGCGCUCGUGUGCUCUACAGCAUCCUGGAGGGUCAGCCAUACUUCUCAGUGGACGCCAAAACUGGUGUGAUCCGUGUGUCUUUGGCUGAUAUGGACAGAGAGACCAGGGAAAACUACACCGUGGUCAUCCAGGCUAAAGACAUGGGUGGACAGCUGGGGGGGCUGGCCGGCACGACCACUGUCAACAUCAUGCUCAGUGACGUCAACGACAACCCACCGAUGUUUGACCAGAGGCUGUAUCAGAUGAGCGUGCCUGAGUCAGCUCCCGUAGGCUCCGUGGUGGGCCGGAUCUGGGCCAAGGACAGAGACAUCGGGGUCAACGCUGAGAUGAAGUACAGCAUCAUAGAUGGAGAUGGGAGGGACACCUUCGACAUCAGCACCGACCCCACCAACCUCUUUGGCAUCAUCACAGUGAAAAGGCCGUUAAACUUUGAGAACAAGCCUAGCUACACCCUGAAGGUGGAGGGAGCCAACACCCACCUGGACCCGAGCUACCGCCACCGCGGGCCCUUUAAAGACGUCACCAUCGUCCAUGUGAGUGUGGAGGACGUGGACGAGCCCCCACUGUUCGACUCGUCAUCGUACUACGUCGAGCUUCCCGAAGACGCGGAGAAAGGAACGGUGGUGCGGACGGUGUCGGCCCGGGAUCCAGACUUUGCCAACAACACUGUGAGGUACUCCAUCGAGAGGUCCAGCGACCCAGACAAAUUCUUUUACAUUGAAAUCACUUCUGGCUCGCUGAUGACGGUGCGUUCGCUGGACCGGGAGGAGAUCGGUUGGCACAACAUCACAGUCCUGGCCAUGGAGAUGAAUAACCCCACGCUGAUCGCGAGCGUGACUGUGGCUGUAAAGGUCCUGGACGUGAAUGACAAUCCUCCGUCGCUGGCACAUUUCUUGGAGACGUACGUUUGUGAAAACGCCAAAGCAGGACAGCUGAUCCAGACAGUGACAGCCGCUGAUCCAGAUGAGCCUCUGCAGGGACAACACUUCUCCUACAGCUUAGCUCCAGAGGCCGCCAACAACCCAAACUUCACUCUGAGGGACAACCAAGACAACACGGCGUGGAUUCUGACCCGCCGUGGCGGCUGGUCGCAUCAGGACCAGACCACCUUCUAUGUGCCUAUCUUUGUCUCUGACGGGGAGCAGCCAGUCCAGACCAGCACCAGCACUCUGACCGUUCGCGUUUGCAGCUGCGACCAUGAAGGGAACAUGAUGUCGUGCAACGCCGAGGCCUACAGCCUCCCUGCCAGCCUCAGCAAAGGAGCACUCAUCGCCAUCCUGGCCUGCAUCUUUGUCCUGCUGGUGAUGAUUCUGCUCAUGCUCUCCCUGCGGACGCAUCGUAAAAAGCCCUACCUGUGCGACGAGGAGGACAACGUGCACGAAAACAUCGUGCGGUACGACGACGAAGGCGGCGGUGAGGAGGACACCGAGGCUUUCGACAUCGCCGCCAUGUGGAACCCCCGCGAGGUGCACCACCCACUGGGCAAACUGAGACAGGACAUGAUGCCAGAGAUCGAGAGUCUGUCUCGCUACGUGCCUCAGGCGUGCGUCGUGGGUGGUGGCGGGGACAGUAACGUUCAUGGGUAUGUGCUGGCCAAGCUUCUAGAGGCGGACGUGGACCCGUGCGCCCCACCUUACGACUCCCUGCAGACAUAUGCGUACGAAGGAGAAGGCUCGGUGGCGGAGUCGCUCAGCUCGCUCCAAUCAGGGGCUUCGAACACCGACCACGAGUACGACUAUUUAAAUGACUGGGGGCCACGUUUUAAAAAACUUGCAGAGAUGUACGGCGUGCUUGAGACCAACAGUUCUCCGGUUUGGUAGAGCAAACUCUUUUUUG